ACUUGUCCGACCUGGCCGCCCCCAGGCGCCGGCGUCCUGUUCUCCGUGUGGGCGGAGUUCCAUCCCCCGACCUUCUCGAGCAGCCGCUGCCUAGGCAACCGCAGAAGGAGGGCCCGUCAGCCGCACAGACCGCUCCGAAGUCAGCAGCGGGGAUCUGAGCGACGUCCUGCCCGCUGCUGGGGGAGACACGGACCGGGCUGCCGCGGAUAGAGGAGACGCUCCCAUCGACACGUUAAAGCCGAGCUCAUCUUCCUGCAGCUGCACCCGGAGCACAGGCUGAUUCUAGUUUCUGCAGAGGCCUGUGGUUUCACCCCCACCACCUACAGGAUGCACAUGAAUAAUAUGUUAAAUCAGUGGACAGACGUCUCCAGGAUGUGUGAUGUGGACUCGUCCUCAGAGCCCAGCAGUCCCACCCUGUAUGGCGAGUCUUCAGACAGGUACUGCCAUGUGGACCGCUGGCAGAAGCUCCGCACAGCCGUACGCAAACUGGAGUUCUGGGAAAACUUCCGAGCUGAACUCAUCGGGAGCGGAUUCUUCUCCAGAGUCUACAAGGUGGUUCACAGCACUACGCGGAAGGUGAUGGUAGUGAAGAUCUACAAAAAUGAUGUGGACCAAGACAGCAUCGUGCGAGAGAUCAGCCUGCUGCAGAAGCUCUCUCACCCCAACGUUGUCAGGUAUCUGGGUAUCUGUGUGAAAGAAGACAAACUGUACCCCAUCCUGGAGUACGUAAACGGCGGCUGCCUGGAGGAGCUUCUGGCCAGGAAAGAUGUUCCUCUGUGCUGGAGAGAGAAGGUGGACCUGGCCUGUGACAUCAGCAGAGGAAUGAUCUACCUGCACUACAAGAACAUUUACCACAGAGAUCUGAAUUCAAAGAACUGUCUGGUCCGAGUGACUCCGCGGGGCUGGGAGGCCUUGGUGACAGAUUUUGGGCUGGCAAGGGAAGUGGUGGAGCUGCCUGUGAAGGAUACUGGCAGGAAGUUGUCAUUGGUGGGCUCGGCCUUCUGGAUGGCCCCCGAGAUGCUCCGAGGAGAGCCAUACGACCGCAAGGUGGAUGUUUUCUCCUUCGGCAUCGUUCUGUGUGAAAUCUUGGCCAGGAUCCCGGCCGACCCAGAGAUCCUCCCCAGAACCCAGGACUACGGGCUGGAUGUGAAGGCGUUUGGUGAGCUGGUUCCUGACUGCCCACAGCGCCUCCUGGAGUUAGCAGCCAGCUGCUGCAUGGUGGAGUCGUUCCGGCGCCCGGCCUUCACAGAGCUACUAGAUGAGCUGAGCGAAGCUGCUGAGGGCCUGGAGCCGCCGCCGAAGCCCGACCUGACGGCGGGCUGAGCAGGGCGUGUCCAGCAGCAGGGAUUAUUGAUCGCAGUGUAGACGGGAAGCCGAAGUGAUGGGGAGUUUAAAGAAGGUGGACCUGAUUGUUGAUGCUUCCUGCUUUCUCACUCGGCACCAGAGGCUCAGCUUGUCUUUUCUGAGAGCGGUUAGCCAAUCCACGGCUUCCCUGAACGCUUUGCUACCGUAGCUUCCAGGUGAUCAGUGUUAAUCUUCGAGGUAGAUCCAGUUUCAUUUCCUGACUCAGAGGUUUCCUCCUCUUCAUACGCGCCUUGUCCUGCUUCUACUCGUUUGGAAUCAACAACACAGAUCAUCUGAUCUGCUGAUAGGUUUUGGUCUUUGUGUCUGCUUUAGCUGUUCUGUUUUCUGUCAGGACUUCUGCUUCGAUGCUUUCGACUCCAGACAGCUGCAGACAGCUGAGGAACUUCAGACUGUCGUGUUCAAGGUUUUUGAGAGCUUGUCUCAGUUUUACAGAAAAUAUCCUUUGUUUCUACAUAUGUACAGAAAAACCAACAGGCCACAAAGAGUACAGACAACCCCUGUUAGAGUGAAAAGAAAAAAUGAGACUAUCAAAUCAUUCCAAAACCUUUUCAGCCUUUGAUGUGACAGUUCUAAAUUAUAAUUUAACUGAAUAAACACGUCAAUAAACCUAUUUACUUGUUAUUGAUGCAAAUCAAAGUAAAUCCAUGUCCCGUAUCAAUAAUAUUGAUAUUGAUACCGAUAUGGAUACUUUUUAUUAUUUAGGUUUGAUAUAUCAUCAAACCUUUGACCUUAAGUUGUUUUUAUGUUUCUUUUGAACUAUUUUGUGAAAACCUGGGACAGAAUUUUUACAGGUUUAUAGGUGGCUAAUGCUCAAAUAAUAUAUUAACAUGAUACACAAAAACAAUAGAAAACCAGAAUAGUUGUGUUUAUUUUUUUAUAAAACAAAGUGCAAAAAUGAUCAAAGCAAAAUCUUUUUAGGUAGAUAAACUACAGCAUGAAAAUGAAAUAAAGUUACAAGAGUGAAUCUGAAACUUAUCGAUCCAGUCCUGAUACCAAUUUGGGAUCCAUAUUAUUGAUACUUUGGAUGGAUUCGCCCACCUCUAGUGUUUACAAUAUUAAAACAAUAAUUUGCUGAUGUAGCCUUUGCUUUCAUUUCAGCAUUUAACCUUUUUGGUAGAACCUUACAGGGAUUUUAUACAUGACUUUUCAACUUUUCUACUUUUCUUGGUGAAACAAGAUGGAGAUGAAAUCAGUUUUCAGACUGAGGAUCUGAUCCUCAGCCCUCUUCAGGUGACCCAACAAGCUUUCUGUCAGAAUUAGUUCUGCUCUCUGAUGCCAGAUAUUUAUGUUUUUUUUCUUAUGAAGCCAUUUUUAUGUUUAUUUGAAUGUCUGCUUGAACCUUGUGUGAUGCUGAAAAAGUAAAAUCAAUUUUCAACUCCAGCUUCCUGGAGAUGUGAAAUGGACCAGAUUUGUUGGUUUUGCAGUUGAACUGUACAGGAAGUACUGAAAAUUAUAUUAAAGACAUAAAAGGUUCUGAUGAUUUAUCAUUGUCUAAUUUUGAACCCACUAACAGGGGUGUGCAAACAUUUUAUGGCUUGACUGGAGAAAACUGUCAAAGUGAGGCAUCAAUAGACUUAUAAAUCACAAAUCGUUGCUUUGUCUCCAGACUGUCUGUAUCCUGUUGCUUUUAUAUAUUUCUCUGAUAUUUCUAAACAUGCUCGGAUCUGAACAUGUAUUUUAAAAAACCUGAGCUUUCUGUAUGUUUUCUGUUGGUCUGGUACUGUAAGGGUCCAGUUUGGUUUUUCAUGUUAUCAGAAUUUCAAGGCAGCUAAAAGGCAACAGACAGAUAGUUUCAUUAUUCCUAACAUCAGACAGACUUUUGUGAUGGAACAAAUAAAGUUAUAUUCUUUGUCUA